CAACAACAAGCACCGCCCACCACGUCGAAGAUAAUGAUUUCCUCAGAACAGACUCCCAAGGAGCCAGAGGCCAGUAGCACAGUUGAGCUGCAAGCCAUGGGAGACACAUCCACUCAUGAUACCAGACGUGUCACUCUGUCCGGCUGGCGGCUAAAGCUUCUCACGACUGGUCUAAACUUGUGUUGCUUCUUGUCGGCUCUUGAUGCUAUUAUUGUUACCACAUCUCUGACCGCUAUUGCAGAGGACUUACGGUCAUUUGACGAAAGCAGCUGGGUGGUAUCCAGCUUCCUGACCUGCUACUUUAGCUUCCUCAUUAUAUGGGCUAAAGUAAGCGACCUGGUUGGGCGGAAAGUCGUCCUCGUUGCGGCUGUCGUUUUCUUCCUGGCUUUCUCCGGUGGCUGUGGCGGCGCCCGGAGCACCUUGCAGUUAAUUAUUCUCCGAGCAUUUCAAGGCAUCGGGGGUGCGGGUGUCUUCAGCAUGGUUCCCAUCGUAACGGCCGAAAUGGUGCCCCCGGAUCGAUACGCCGCAUUUAGCUCCAUCGUCUCUAUCUCAAUUGCUCUCAGCUUCUUACUAGGGCCGUUGCUUGGUGGCGUGAUCACCGAUGGUGCGUCGUGGCGGUGGAUAUUCUACAUAAAUCUCCCCGUUGGUGCCGUGGGGCUGUUUUUCGUAUAUGUCGCCAUGCCAGGCGCCUUUCCGGAUGUUUCGAACCCGUCCUCCCUAUGGGUAUCCCCAAGAAAGUCCCAUAUCCGCCGCAAAGUAGACUAUCCGGGGUUCAUCCUGCUCCUGGCAGCGUCUGUGCUUUUGAUCGUGGCUAUUGAACAAGCGGGUAUCUCAUUUUCGUGGGACUCAGCGCUGGUCAUCGUCUUACUUAUUUUUGCCAUCAUGCUUCUGAUCGGGUUUAUGCUGUGGGAAUGGUAUUUGCAUCGCAGCAGGAACAGUACGGAACCCGUGUUUCCUUGGAGGUUUGUGAAACAUCGCUUUCUCCUAGGGGCCUGCCUCAUUUCGUUACUAUCAGGAGUUCCUUACAUGACACUGGUCCUAGGGCUUCCAGGGCGGUUUCAGAAUCUGAAUAAUGAUUCAGGCCUCGACGCAGGAAUUCAUAUCCUACCAUUUACCCUCAGCAUCGCCAUGGCUUCGGCUUCGGCAAGCGGAUUGACGGCACGGGGCCGACUUCCGCCUAUUGCGGUCUUUGCAAUCGGUGCUGCCUUACAAGUUCUAGGUGUUGGCCUGCUGUAUUCUGUUUAUCCAAGCAGUUCUCUUCCCGCCAGGAUUUAUGGCUACCAGAUUCUAGCUGGCGUGGGAAUUGGUCUGAGUUUGACCACGACCCUUAACAUCAUGCCGUUUGUCGUUGACAGGAAAGAUCUCUCCGUCGCCCUGGGUGCUGUUAUCCAACUCAGAAUUCUCGGCGGUGCGCUAGGGGUUGCAAUUUCCGCAAACCUUCUGAACAACACGCUGAGAAGCCAGCUGUCAAGCGAGAUGCCUUCCACCAUGAUUCAGCACGUACUGCAGGAUAUAUUCUAUUCCCGGACCCUGUCGACCUCGCAGCAGCAGCUCGUUCAAGCCGCUUUCGCAGAUGGUUACCGGAAGCAGUUGCUCAUGGUCCUUGUAUUUGCCGCAGCACAGCUAUUCGCGUUAGCUAUCAUGUGGGAGAAGCCCUUGCGAAGACUCGCAUAG